AUGCCUUCGGCUGAUAUCAGUCCUCAAGGGGAGUACCAACUUGCGGUCGAAUGCAACGAAGGCCUAGGUCAACUCUUUUUUGAACAGGUUCGACGACAAUGCUCGUCACUAGCGGUGGUUGACGGCGGCUUCUCGCUCACAUACGAGGAGGUACACAGACAUGCUUGUCGAGUGGCGAAUAGACUCUCUCUUACUUCUUUAGCCAUCGAGGAGCCUGUUGGUAUCAUUGUCAACCAUGGGCUAAACGAUGCACUGGCACAGAUGGGAACAAUUUAUGCUGGCGGGACUUGUGUCCCGAUGGAUCCAAACCUUCCAGACCAGCAGAUUCGGAACCGAUUGGAGAAGCUUCAAACGCGAUUUGUCCUGGUUGACGGCCCAAACAAAGCCCGAGACCUGCCAUUCACCCAAAUCUUACUAGACGAUAUGUUUAUUCCGGACACUACUUGCAGUACAUCGUGGGACGAAGAUCGCUAUCCUGUAGCUACAGAUCUAUCUCACCGGACGCAUAUCAUUCAUACUUCCGGGACUACCAGCGAGCCGAAAGCCGUACAGAUCGCCGCGCGUUCCAUUUUGCAGGUUGUCUUUCAUGCACCAUUCGAGCCUGUGAAUGCUAAAGAUGUUGUUGCCCACGUCAACAAGAGUAGCUUUGACGUUGCCCUGUUCGAUAUAUGGGCUCCGCUGCUCCGGGGAGCCCGCAUUGCCGUGUUGAAUACUCCAGUUCUGUUGGAUCUUCGCCUUAUGGCCAAACAUAUCGACCUACUGGGCAUCACUGUCAUGGCCACCACGACCGCACUGCUUAACCUAGCUGCAUCGACAUUUCCUCGCGCUUUUUCCAAGCUACGCCUUUGCUUUAUUGGUGGUGAAGCGGCGAAUGUUGCAGCCAUCCAAACAAUCUUUAACGAAGGGCCCCCAGCUAUGUUGGUCAAUGCGUACGGUCCCACAGAAUGCUGUAUCUUUUGUCUUACUCACCAGAUUACUCCGAAAGACCUACAUGCGGGCUCUAUCAGCAUCGGUAUGCCAAUCGGUCAAACAGUUGCUUAUAUUGCCAAUGAGGCCGGGCAAGAAAGUGAUGAAGGUGAACUCUGGAUAGGAGGAGCCGGUCUUUCUCCGGGCUAUGUCAACCAGCCUGAGAAAAAUGCAGAGUCAUUUGUUACAGUUGAAAAUGCUGCCGCAAGUCCCAACGGCCCCCUUCGGCUUUAUCGCACUGGUGAUCUGGUUCGCCGUCGCCAAGAUGGCCAAAUUGAUUAUAUCGGCCGCAGCGAUCAUCAAGUCAAAAUCCGCGGAUUCCGAGUCGAGCUCGGAGCCAUCGAAUCUAGUCUGCUCCAAACUGGCUACUUCUCUGAAGUGGUCGCGAUGAAGGUCGAACUGCCACAAGCCGGAGCUGGCUCACUGCUGGCUGCAUACGCCACUCCUGCGGAUCCAGACAGUCCUCCAAACAUUGAUUCUGUGCUAAAAGAUCUCAGAAAUGUUCUCCCAGAUUACAUGAUCCCUCAGCUGGAAUUGAUCCCAAAGAUGCCUCUCAACAGUCAUUGCAAAGUCGAUCGGAAGCACCUAGCGACGCUCUUUUGCCAACGGUGGAAGGACCAACAGAAAGACACAUUGUCUCGUUCGCUACGUAAAGAUACUCGAGCGAUUUUAACCGUCCUUUGGGCCAACCUCUUGGCCAAUCCGGUGCCCUCAUACCAAGAUGAAGAUGAUUUCUUCGCUUUGGGUGGUACCUCCUUGCAAGCAUCGCUAUUGAUCAGUCAGAUCCGACGCGCCUGCUCGUGCGAAAUCUCUCUUUUGGCUCUGUACGAUAACUCAACCCUCGGUGCUCUUGCCAACAUCAUCGAUCGUUGUCCCAAAGACGGGAGCUUUGAGACCGUCCGCAACGAGACUGAUAUCUGGGUCGCCGAUUCAAUGCUUGCUGACGACAUUCCUACCCCAGUCGGACCGCCCGUAAAUUGGCAGAGCGAUAUUGAAGGUCGGGUUUUCUUCACCGGUGCGACAGGAUUUGUUGGUGCGUUUAUGCUAGCAGAUCUUCUUCGUAUGCCGAACGUCCACCAGAUUGGCUGCCUGGUCAGGGCUAAAAACGCAGAGGUGGGCAUGAAGCGCCUGAAGACUGCCUUGGCCAAAUAUGGUCUCUGGGAUGAGCGGUUUCGCUACAAACUAUUGGCCUUCCCUGGUCUACUGGAGGAAGCAUAUUUAGGUCUCGGGCAAGCGCGCUUUAACGAGCUAGCCAAUUGGGCCAGUGUUGUCUUUCACCUUGGCGCUCGGGUCAACUAUACCCAGCCCUACUCUUUACAUCGCCCGGCCAACACUCUUGGUACUGUCAAUCCCGUUCACUAUGUAUCUAGCAUCUCAUGCUUUGGACCUACCGGCUUCGUAACUGGUUCUACUGCAGUCGAUGAGGAUGAAGCCCUCCUACCACAUCUCAAGGCGCUUCCCUACGACCAUGGAUAUGCACAGAGUCAAUGGGUUGCCGAACAGCUGUUGCGUCGUCUAAUGGGCCGAGGAUUCCCUAUUGCAGUCUACCGUCCGGGAUUCAUCACCGGGCACAGCCAAACCGGCGCUUGCAACCCCGAUGACUUUUUCAGUCGCCUGAUCCACGCCUGCUUUGAGUUAGGAUGUUACCCCCAGCUUCCCAACCAACGCAAGGAAUUCAUUUCUGUUGACUAUGUCAACUCAGCCAUUCUGCAUAUUGCUGGCGAUCCCGCAAAUCUCGGACAUGCUUUCCAUAUCGUGCCGCCGACAAAGGACGACAACAUCGAUAUGGAUGCCUCCAUGGAGCUCCUUAAUGGGAAGACUGACUCUGUCAUUGAACGCGUGCCCUAUUCGGAAUGGAUCGACCGUUUGUCUUCCAAGACACCAAAGUCAUUGCAACCAUUGCUACCCAUGCUAGCCGAGAAGGUCCAAGAUGGUUUGACAAGGUGGGAGCUCUAUGAGAACAUGCCACAAUAUCAGACGAAAAAUACAAUGAGGGCCUUGGAGGACUAUCCGGGGGGCUUGGAAUUUCGUCCUCUGGACUCUUCGUUAAUGGGAAAGUACGUGGACUAUCUACGGAGCCAUUCAUCCUGGGUGGUAUGA